AUGAAUAUUCAAGAACAGCUGUUAACAGCCAGUGGUAGUUUUCAGUGGUUUUCUAUUGCUUUAAAUGAGAGUACUGACAUUCAGGAUACUGCUCAGGUACUUAUGUACAUCAGAGGAAUUGAUGAAAACUUUGAAAUUACAGAGGAGUUGUUUGCUAUGGAUUCUCUCAAAGACACUGUUACUGGAAAAGAUUUUGGUGCGUAUAGUGAACUCAGUAAGAGCCCGGGGACUGAAACACAGGCAAUCCGAAUCUUGGAAGACAUCGAGGCAGAUUUUACUGAUGUGGUGUACCACACAAAUGUCCGCUGGUUAAGCAUGGGAAAAGUGCUCAAGAGGACUUUCUCCAUUAUGAAAGUUUACAAGUCAAUGAACAGAUCACUUCUCAAUAUUGAGGAUCAGCACAAGCAACUUGACGCCUAA